CACAUACACACAACACUUCCCACCUCUUUCUCUUCUCAUCUUCUCUACCCGUUUUGCGCAUUUCUUAACCGAACCCAAGUUCCUUCUCAAACUAAAACUCUACAAACCUGGCAUCCAUCCAACAACAACCUUAAACUACAGAGGAUUGAUUGAUUCAUGAUAUCAUCCAUCUUAACUCUUCUGCAAUAUAAUCUCUCUCUCUCUCCAUGGCAAUAAGAGCAUCAAAGAUUCUCAGAAGAUCAAUCUUCACAUUUCUGCAGAACUACCAGUACUUCACCACCACAGCAGCAUUCCUAGCUUUCCCAUUUGCAGCCUCACUUCUCCUUUUCCGCUCAUCCUUCCUUAUCCCCGCCGCCUCAUCAUCCUCUUUCCUACGGCUAAUCCAAGCCCGAAUUCACUCUCUUUUCCAUGCAGCCGGCUUCCCCCCUUCCUCAAUCCUCGAAGCAAAGAUCUCCCAGACCAUUUCCAUUUCUCUUCUUGCAGCCCCUUUCACCAUUUCCUCCUAUCUCUUCAGCAAAGCCUCAGUAAUUCAUGCUCUCCGAGAUCAAGAACGCCCCAAGAAACCGUCUUUUUCAGGUUUUUUCGAAAUUUGCCGCCCGUUAAUCCACACCCACCUCUGCAAUUCUUUAGUGACCCUCGCUGUAAACUCGACUUGUUUUUCUUUGAUGUUCAUUGCGGUCAAUUUUGCUGACGGAUUGGGGUUUUCUUCCUCAUUGGGAAGAGACAUGGUUCUUUCUGCAACUGGAGCAGUGGGUUUCUCCAUAGUUCUUGCCAACAGCUUCAUCAUCUGCAACCUGGCAUUGAUCAUAUCAGGGAUGGAGAAAAAUGGAGGCAUGAUUUCAGCUCUCAAGGCGUGCAGUCUGAUGGUGAAGGGAAGAAGAAGCUGCAUCGUCCCAACAGCACUGUCUUUAGCAGUGCAGGCCAACGCUGCACUGGCUGCAGUUGAGGUUCUGUUCCAAUACAGAAUUGUGGUUAGGGCUUAUGAUGAUGAUGCAGGAAGUGGGGUUUUGUAUGUAGCCUUGGAGGGGAUGUUUAUUGCAUAUCUCUAUGCUGUUCUUCUUGUUAUUGACACCAUAUUUGGCUGCUUUUUCUUCACAGACUGCCGCCUCAUAAUCCAAGAUGAGAAAAGGUUAUCGAAGCCUUUCCUUACUGAAAUUGAUUAUCAAGAGUGUAAUGAUUGUUGAAGAUCUUCCCAGACUCUGCUUUUUUUCUCAACCAAUUUACUUUCUCAUGUUUUCGGGUUGUGAUUUGUGGUUCUGGAAUACAUUUUUUUUUGCACACUGAUCGGCCAAGACAUUUGGGACUAAGGGUCGAUGUUGUUAUACUGAUCCAACAGACAAUUUGUGUCCACAAUGUAAAUGUUUCUACAAGAUUCAAUAUAUACAAAGAUAAUAACUUGGAGUUAUUUCCUUAA